UGGGAAGACCGUUUUAUAGAUAAUAUAAAUAAAUUCAAAAUGAAGGAUAUUGUGUUUUUAGUUUUGACACAAAUUGUGAUUACAUCAUCUGCAGCGAUCAAGACAGAUGUUGUGAAUAUACCUAAUGGACCAAUACAUGGAAGCCAGGAGUCAGUUUCAAACCUAGCAACUUCACCAUAUCUUGAAGGACGUGAUUUAACAUAUAGGAGAUUUCUUGGGAUUCCCUUUGCUGAUCCACCAGUUGGAACUCUGAGGUUCAAACCCCCACAACAAUUGAGUGCAACAUGGAAUGAGACACGUGAAGCGACAACAUAUCCAGCAAUCUGUGUACAACAUCAAUGGCCUCAACUGCCACAGUUUGAGACCAGUGAAGACUGUUUGUACCUGAGUAUUUGGGCUCCAGGGGAUGGUUCUAGUACUGAGCCAAAGGCAGUUAUGGUAUGGAUCUAUGGUGGAGGAUAUUAUGGUGGAAGCAUAAACCUAUAUGACCCUACCAUGCUUACAAUUAUUGGGGAUGUGAUUGUCGUCAAUGUAGCCUACAGAGUUAAUAUAUUUGGAUUUCUUAGCACGGGGGAUGAUUUAGUGCCAGGCAACAUGGGGCUACUUGAUCAACAACUUGGAAUUCGAUGGGUAAAAGACAACAUUGCCUUAUUUGGUGGGGAUCCAGAAAGGAUCACCAUAUUUGGAGAGUCUGCAGGAGCUUCAAGUGUCACUCAACAUGUCAUUGCCCCCUCAAAUAAGGGACUUUUUCAGAGGGCCAUCUCCCAAAGUGGAACAAUCUUUACUCCAUUUGCAUUUCAAGAAAAAGACAUGGUGCCAUUCAUUCGAGAGACAGGAACAGCAGUAGGGUGUGAUAAUCCUAACAUUAAAGAUCUGAUAGAAUGCCUCAUAGGUGUCGAGGCAACUAAACUCCUUAAUGUUGCACUUACUCCAUACCCUGCACCUGAUAAUUUCUUCAAAUGGGUUCCGGUUGUAGAUGGAAAAUUCAUUGUUAGAGACCCAUAUGACUUGAUAGGCAAAACGAGAGGCCCCAUACCAAAAAUGUUGGGAGACAUUGAUCUGAUGUUAGGCACAAAUAGUGAUGAGGGUUUCUUAUUUGUGUCAAUAUUUGUGCCAUUUGAACGUGCUUAUGUCCAUGGGAAGCCAAUACCAUGGGAAAAUAUGACUUAUACUAUUCCAGUGAUGAAAGAUGCAAUCGAGGGUAUAGCUGCUACAUAUUCGGAUGCCACGAGUAAAGAUAUAAUAUUCAAAACUUUAAUAUAUGCAUACUUUGGGAUUGAGGACUGGACAAAUCUGACAAAGGAAAAAAUUACUGAAAUUGGCAUGCAUUUUAUAACUGACACUUGGUUUACGGUCCCAGCAUAUCAAUUUGUAAAGAUGCAUGCAGCCCAGGGGAAACAUUCUUACAUAUACAACCUGAAUUACAGAAAGGCUGGUAGUUUCUUACCUACUUGGGUUAAGGGGACUGACCAUGACGAAGAUCUGGACUACAUAAUUCCCAGAAUAGAUACCUUCCUUGCAAAACCAGAGGCAGAACAACUCCUUUCAUACAACAUGAUCACCUACUGGACAAACUUUGCUAAGACUGGAAACCCCAAUGACCCUGUAGCAAGCCCAGCUUUGCCAGUAAAAUGGCCAAUCUUCACGGCAGACAAAGAGCAGUACCUUGAGUUAUCUGACAACAUCACCCCAAUCGAUACCUUCAUCAGGUCUGAUAGUGUUAAGUUCUACACUGAAUAUCUGCCAGUGAUUACAGGUGCUAGCAAAUGUGCAGUUAGAAAAUUUAAUAGAAAAGAAAACAAGAGGAAAAUGACUAUAAAAUAGUUCUCCCUGCUAGCGAAUGAGAUGAUGGUGUAGGAUGAACAUUUGAAAAUACCAACCAAUAGUGCAGUUUAUGUUUUAUGUACUACUGAACAGGACCAUUAGUUAAAAUGGUGUCAUUGUAAAAAUCUUCAUGAUCCAUUGUAUAGAAAAAAUAUUUAUAUACAGUAUCCACAAUAUAAUAAUAUGUUUCUUUUCAAUAAUAUGAAUAUUUGUCUCUCACUGCUGACUGACAGUGCAAUUAAUAACAACUAUUAAAACUAAUAUAACAAAAAAUUGAACAUGCUGUGUCAAAAUCAUUAAACAAUUAAAUAAAAUGUUCUGGAAG